AUGCAGCUGGAGGUGAAGCAGGAGUCGUUCCGCAUUGAGAUGCUCAUGAGCCGCCUGCAGUCAGAGUGCUUCAACCUCUGCUGCAAGGAUCUCAGGUCAAAUGAACUUUCCAUGCAGGAGGUGCGUUGCGUGGAUCGCUGCUCCCAGCGGUACUUGCGCACUCACGACAUCAUCGCAAAUGCUGUUGAUAGGGGACAAAGUAGCGGCGGGAAGAUAAAGCUGUAG